CCCUUAGCGGGCUGCCUGUCACCGCGAUGUUCUGAGCGAGGUGCCAUGGCGCACCGUCAUAUCCUGCAACUCGCCUGUACUUUGUCUGUGCCCAUAUGUGCGCCAUAGUGCCGUCGAUCGCGCGUGCCCGAUUCCUUUUUCACUUUGCGCGUACCGCCUCCGUUUUCCCUCGGGCCUUGGCUGCGCCGGCGCGCCUCAUGGCCCUUGGAGCGCUGCGCCUUGCGCCCGUCCCGCUCUCUCUUGCCGCUCGUCCUUCUUCCUCCCUUCCUCUCGUCGAUCGCGUCGCUAGCAUCCGCCAAUUCGGCCACAGAAGCCACGUCAGCCGGCUUGUUGACCGUCGCUCGGACGGCGCACCCAGCCGCAGCCACGACCGCGGAGGGGGCAGUGCGCGGGUUUCCGCGCACCUUGAUGGCGCGCAGACGUUCACCGCGCACGGCUCGGCCGCGCAUUCACCUCAUGAGGGUAUCCCCGGCGCCCCGGGGGAUUGCCUCCCCGCCCCCCGCUCCGCCGAAAGCGCGCGGGAGGAGGGCACCCGCUCAGAGGGCGCCGCAACAGGCGGCGACACGAUCGCGGCGGUGGUCACUGCCGUGUCGUCCACGUCAGGUGGCGUCGCGAUCGUGCGGGUCUCCGGCCCCGCCGCCGUGAGCAUCGCACGGCGCAUGUUCCGCCCCUCGCGGAAAGCGGGCAGAGCGCGGAAGCAGGGGGAGAUGGCGCAAAGGCCAGUGAACAGCGACGAUUGGGGAAGGGGAAGCGGAGAAGUUGGCGGAGGGGCGGGGGGCUUGGGGAAGGGGGCAGCAAUAGAUGACGGGGACGACAGAGGAGGGGGAAAUGCGGGGGACGAGGUGGGGGAAAGAAGCAAGGGGGGAAAGGAGGGUAGAGGCGGAGGGGUGAUGAUGCAACGCGGGGGGUGCGGGGGAGGGGGAGUGGUGGGGGAGUGGCGGGUGGAGAGCCACCGAGUGAGCUACGGACACAUAGAGGACGAGGCGGGGGACACCAUCGACGAGGUGCUCAUCCUCCCCAUGCUGGCCCCGCGCUCGUACACGCGUGAGGACGUGGUGGAGAUCCACUGCCACGGCGGCAGGGUGUGCGCCCAGACAUGCCUCGCCACCGCCGUCCACCACGGCGCUAGGCUGGCAGGAGCAGGCGAGUUCACCCUGCGUGCGUUCCUCAACGGCCGCCUGGACCUUGCUCAGGCUGAGGCCGUGUCCGCUCUCAUCCGAGCCGAGACGGUUGCUGCCGCCCGCACUGCACUGGCGGGGGUCAAGGGCGGGUUGUCGCGGCACAUACGAGGUGUGAGAGCAGCGUGCAUGGACGUGCUGGUGGACAUCGAGGCGCGCAUCGACUUCGAGGACGAUCUCCCACCACUGGAUGUUGAGGAGGUCAGCCGUCGGAUCGCCGCCAUCUGGCAGCAGAUCAAGGACGCCCUGGCAACAGCCAAUCGGGGCAGACUGUUGGAGUACGGCCUUCAGGUAGCCAUCGUGGGGCGGCCCAACGUGGGCAAGUCGUCGCUGCUGAACGCGUGGACGGAGAGCGAGCGGGCGAUCGUGACGGACAUCCCCGGCACCACAAGGGACGUGGUGGAGGCCCACCUGCACCUCCAGGCGGGGGGCUUCCCCGUGCGCCUGGCGGACACCGCAGGCAUCCGCCACACCACUGAUGCUGUGGAGGCCAUAGGCGUGCAGCGGUCGGAGGCGGCAGCAGCGGGGGCGGACGUGGUGCUGCUGGUGGUGAGUGCAGCGGACGGGUGGACGGCGGACGACAGCGCCAUCUUCCACCGCAUCCGAGGCUCCGCGCCCGCACAUGCACGGGGAGAGGCACACGCACGGGGAGAGGCACAGGCACAUACACAUGCACAGGGAACAGCGGAGGGAGGACAACAGACGGAGGCAGGUGCUGGUUCGAGUCAACACGUCACGGCAGCAGCAGUGUGGGGGACAGAUGCAGGGGCGCAAGAAGGUGCGCGUGCAGAGGCAGAGGGCGGGGCUGUGGUGGUGCUGGUGGAGAACAAGAGUGACCAGCGGGUGGAGGGUAGCGUGCACGUGCCAGAGGAGGUGCAGCGCGCCGUGUGGCGGCGCGUGGCCACGAGUGCCACGCAGCGCAUGGGGCUCGAGGAGCUCGAGCAGGCCGUGGUGGCGGCGGUGGGGGCGGGGCGCGUGGCAGAGGGCGGGCAGCAGUGGGCCGUGAACCAGCGGCAGGCGGAGCAGCUGGUGCGCGCAGCAGAGGCGGUGGGGCGUGUGCGGGAGAGCAUGGAGGCGGGGCUGCCGCUGGACUUCUGGUCCAUUGACCUGCGCAGCGGCAUCCUGGCGCUGGGGCAGGUGAGCGGCGAGGAGGAUGUGGCGGAGGAGGUGCUGUCUAACAUCUUCAGCAAGUUCUGCAUCGGGAAGUAGAAAUGUGCAAGUGCCAUGCCAUGUAAUGGUGUAACGCGCUGUCUUUUAUACAGGAAACGCCCGAUGAAAUCAC